CCCGCCUCGGGAAGGCGCGCCCGGAGCUGCAGCGGGACCUCCUGGAGGGGACCCUUUGCAGCACCAUGUCGUACGGUACUAUUGGCCAACAUAUCAAGCGAGAAGAGUGUUUCUGGCCCCCCUUGGAGCUUUCCUUGGCACAUAGAUCAGUGCUGACAAACCGAAACCCAGGUAGCCGUGCAGGAGAAGAAGAUCCUGCUGCCACGGAGACCAGGAGCAAAGGAAGCUUCCGGGGAAGGAUGGAGCAGAAGGUCUUCCUUGAAGAUGCGGCGAGUUCAGACAUACCGAGCCAGCGUUUCAAGCAGCUCCGCUACCAGGCUGCUGAGGGGCCCCGAGAGGCUUGCAACCAACUCCACCGACUUUCCCGGGAGUGGCUGAGGCCAGAGCAAUGCACCAAAACCCAAAUCCUGGACCUGGUGGUCCUGGAGCAGUUCCUGGCCAUCCUGCCAGCGGAGAUGGCAAACUGGGUGAGGGAGUGUGGAGCAGAGAGCAGUUCCCAGGCGGUGGCCCUGGCGGAGGGCUUCCUCCUGAGCCAGGCAGUGGAGAACAAAUUGGAGGAGGAGCAGGUGAAGAAUCUGUUUGUAGAAGCAGGGCCUGAUUUCCCUGCAGCAGAGAGAGCUGUCUCAGGCACCGAGCCACAUUCACCAGAAACUGAGAUCAAGCGGGAGCGAGACGGGUGCCUCUCCCUUCAGGGAGCAGGCAUGUUGGCAGAAAUGGAUACUCAUCCAUCUCUUUUUCUUCAGGAAGGCGUGAAACUGGAUCAGACUCUGGUGACCUUUGAGGAGGUCACCGUGUGCUUCACAGAGGAGGAGUGGGCCCUGCUGGAUGCUGGCCAGAGAGCCCUGCACAGCCAGAUCAUGGAGGAGAAUCGCAGGACUGUGGCCUCUCUCGGUAAGGCUUCCUGUUUUUCUGCUAAAGGAUAAUACUUGGUUGCAACUGCCAGCAUGAUAAGGAAGACAAGAUUACCAUUUCCGGCCCAUGUCCUAGAUUUUUUACUUUAUAUUUUAGGGCCUAGCCCUCCAAAUACAGUGUUUAAAAACAAACAAGCGAAUCAAGUUCUAUUAUUAAAUCCUGGAAUUUACCAGGCCUGCAUAUGGCUGUGAAGCACCGGACUCUCAUUCAUAGCACUGCCAUAAGCCGGAGGUCGCGUGAUGGCAUGCAAGAAAGCAAAACGCUUAUCGCCCUGCCUUCCUCUCAACAAAGGUGCACAUGGGAGCUCACCCUCAGGAGCAUCAGGAAAAUCAGAACAGCGAUCUGCAUCCGGUCCCCAAGUCAGCAGGAAACCCUGGGAACCGCCACAAAUAGGAAUGCACGGUUAACCCAUCACAGAAUUCAAAAGUGCAGCUCCUUGCAGAACUCAGGCUCAGCUGUGUCCCUGCGAGUCUCACGCAGCUGCAGCCUCUCCUCACAAAUACGUAGAUCCCCAAAUCACACCCUGCUUUGCUCUAAGGUGGAUUGAUGGGAAAGAGUUUUGUUUUCUGUCUGAAAGCAACAGGACUUGGGGAAUGGCCAUGCGCCAAGAAGUAGUC